AUGUUCUUGAGUUUGUUUUCAGAACGUGUAUAUGUACAUAGUCGAUCACAAGCGGGAUGCUCGUGCACCAUAAAUACAUUCAAAAAUAAUAUCUCGUGAACUUCGAAAUAUUUUUAUGUUUUUUUCUGAAAAUAAUGUUGCUUCUCUUAUUAUGUACACGCCAUCUCACCAGGCAUUUUGUGUUAUUUUGCGAGGCUUAAGAGUGAAAAUAAUGGAAAUUAAUAAUAUUAAUAAUAUGAAAUAUAAAAUGAAAUCAACAAAUAAAUAAUCGUAAACCUCAAGGUGUCGAAGUUACUAUCUGUUGAAAAAUUUAUACAGAAGUACUGAUUAUUCCAGAAUUCCAAUAUAAAUAUUGUGUGCCUUGAAAUAUAAAUAAAGUCACUCACAUAUGUAGAUACAAAUUCUAUUGUAUAUAUACGCAAUCUCUCCUGAGAAAAGCAAAUAUGUGUACGCAUUUAUAAAUAAAUUUGUGUGUUUACCUAGUAUAUUACUUUGCAACUCUCCGUAUAAUUGUUAACCUGCCUUUUGAAAAUAUCGUUGUGAAAAUAUGACAAUUGAUAUGUAUCCAAAUGAGUGUGAAACUUAAACAUGUGUACUCCGAACACCUCUAUUAUAAUUAAAUCGCAAUAAAAAAGUAUAAAGACCUGUUGGAAGAAAUCUAUGCGCCACCAACUUUAAUCUCUGUUUCAGCGUAAAAAAUGGAAUGUCCAAAACAAAACGAAGAAUCUGUGAACUGCUUGAGAAGCCCCAUCGCGGCCGUUAAAAAAAGGUCGGGGCCGUUAGAUAUGGCACUUGACGAGGUUAACGACGUAUCGAAAAUAUGGUCGUUGCCAUUAGAAGACCCACAUUGUUUAGAUGCCUCCAGCAUGCGUAAGCCAAUGAUUUUUGCGAGUAAGCACUCCGAAGGAGUUGCUUCUCCAAAUAAAGUGCAUCGUCGCAGCACAAAAGACAAGGAAAAAAAGCGAGAGCGCUGGCUUCUAACUCGAAAAACCUGGAGAUAUAUGACAGAUGCAGGCCGUAAGCUAAUUCCUGAUGGAUACCAAACAGGGUCAGGUAAUCAUGACCUAAUUGAAGAUCAAUUUCAACGGGUGUGUUUAUCUGAACCAAGUUUUAUUUUAUGGAGUCGAAGAACAUCAUACCCAGGAGCAUUCAGCUGUUCUAAGCGGAGAUUAAAGCCAUUGUUGAGGCAUGCAAGUGCUAGCCGCAGAAAACAAAUAGUUGAUGCAACCAAAGAUUAUCAUAUUGCCGAUCGAGUCAUUGAAUUAUUGCAGACUUAUCUUAAACUUCGUGAUGCAUACAAAACCACAACUUUACUUGGAACUAAAACAGUUCGGCCAGACCAAACAUCAUCACCCAGUGCACAAAGGCCAAACUUCAAAAACAAGGGUGACAACCAUCAAGUGAUAUCAUCCGGUACAUCGAUUCAAACAGAACUCUUGUCCCUUCUUAAAUUGUUAUCUAAUUGCCCUUUAUUUACACAUGAAGGAAUUCAGUUUAAGUUUGGCGAUGCUCCACUAAACAUUCUGGAAGACAAAGUUCUUUUGAAAAAAAUCUAUAGCGCGCUUAAGAAACAACAGCUCCAUAGGACGCUACAUUCCAAAGAUCCUUAUAAAGCUAAUAUUUCGACUUCAUUGUCUUGCUUAAUAAAAAAUGGAAAGGAAAUAUCUGGAGGUAACACUGAUAGUAAAAGAAGCGAUAAGUUACUACAUGAAAAUUUCUUUUCUCUAAUGAAAUGUGAUACCAAACCAAUUUUACCAAGCCCAAAAACAGAACUUUAUUUAGACCUCAAUAAGGCACCGCAAAACAUUGAGCUUAAAAACAAACUUAAUUCAAAUGGACACAGCGUUGAAAGAAUCCAGAAAACCUGUGGAACUCAAACUAAUUUUAUUCAACUAAGCGAGUUAAAAACUUUGGCGCAGCAGUACAACUUAAUGGUUAAAAAUUGCGAUAAUACCAUAAAAUUAUUUGAAGAGCCCACUAAACAAGACUGUUCAAAAUCUUCUCAUUUAAUAUGUAGAAAAAGUUCACUUGACGAAGAUAUUUCACAGUCAGUUAGCGAUACGAUUAAACGGUAUUUGAACAUGGCAAGAAAAAAAAGUAUGCAAGAUUCUGAUUCAAGCCGAUUUAAAUCAAUUAACUAUGAUAAGAACCUGAGAAAUAUCAAAGCAAAGGGCGUAAUAAAUCCACCGGGAAUAAGUGCCGGAUUACACAAGGCUGUACAAACGUUAAGUGCUUGGCCUCUCAUAGCUUUGGAUUUUAUACGGGGAAACGAAUCUUUGAAUCUUAAAAACGCUCACUUAGAAUGGUUAAGAUUAGAGGAUGAGCGAAGUCAGAUACAGUUAGAGAGGGAAAAAAAUCCAACAGAAAUAAGCAGUAAAGUGCAUCCUUUACAAAUCGCAAGUCCUGCAAACACCUCUUCAUAUUCCAAGUGCACUUCUGCACCUACUUCGCCGACUAGUCAUUCAAAGUUAGAAAAGGCUAUACGAACUUCCAGUGGACUACUCUCUUCAAGUUCUCAAUUUAUUUCAAAUAUUUUGCACGGACAUAUCAAUGCUGGAAACCAUUUUAACACAUUACCAGAUUCCAAUCAGAGUCAUGCAACGGCAAGUAUGCAGAAGUCAAAGUCGUUAUCAAAUGUGGGUCAAUUUGUAGCAAAACGAAUGUGGCGGAGUCGAUCCAAAAGCCACAAUAAACGGAGUUACUCAAAGAGCUCUAUACCAACUCUAAAAUGGUAUCCGUCGGAACAUUUUUUAUGGAUAUCAGAGUCUGGUGAAUCUUUUCAAAUAGUGGAGACAAGUUUGACAAGGCUGUCAAAAAUAGAAUCCGAUAUGGUAAAAAAUUUUGCCUUAGAAAAAAUUCAGGAACUAAAUAUUGGAAAUAAUGAAGAUAUGAAGAUAUCGCCACAAAAACGACGAUCUGCGCCUAAAAAAAAAUCCUUGACUACAAGCUUCUUUGAUAAUGGAAAGAAAGAUGAUCACAAUGCUCGCUCAGUAUUGUUCGGAACCUCAUUGGAAUGUUGCUUAGCAAGAGACAGCAAACGGAACGUUAUUAUAGAAGACAGAUCAAAGUAUUCACUUAUGUCAAUGUUUCGUGGAAGUGGUAGUAGCCCAGGAAGUGUUUUGAAGCUUAAUGAUAAUGUAAGGUCAUGUGAAAGCUUACCAUCAAAAUCCCUUGAAUACGGAAACACGGAACUUUCUGCAUAUGUUAGAGGCUCCUUUUCAAAUAUAUCAAAGCCUUUAGCAUCGCUAUCUCAGUCUGAAAAUGAAGAUACUGAACUUAAUUUCGUUAAGCCCUAUCAAGAGCAUUCACAAUUAAUGGUACCAAUAUUCGUAAACAACUGUAUUGAUUAUUUAGAAGAGAACGGAUUGCAACAGGUUGGACUCUUCCGGGUGAGCACAUCCAAAAAAAGAGUAAAGCAAUUGCGGGAGGAUUUCGAUAAAGAUAUUUAUUUUGGGAUUUCUGUUGAUACAUGCCCACAUGAUGUUGCCACACUGCUUAAAGAAUUUCUACGUGAUCUUCCGGAACCACUACUUUGCAACACACUCUAUUUAACGUUUUUAAAAACACAACGUAUUCGGAAUCGACGCUUGCAACUAGAGGCUAUAUCACAUUUGAUAAGACUACUUCCCAUCCCACACAGAGACACGUUGUACGUCUUACUAGUAUUUCUAGCUAAAGUGGCAGCACACAGCGAUGAUAUAUGGUCUACAGAGGGAUGUUGUUUAACGAUUGGAAAUAAAAUGGAUAGCAAUAAUCUAGCUACAGUAUUUGCUCCAAAUAUUUUGCGAAGCACUCAUUUGACAUUUUCAAGGGACAAAGAGCAAGAAAAUAUGAGCGAUGCCAUUAAUGUAGUAAGAACCAUGAUAAAUCACUAUGAAGAAAUUUUCAACAUAUCAGCAGAGUUACUGAAUGUCAUUUAUACACAAGCACUGGAAGCUUGUCCGGAAAAGUUAUAUGAGCUGAUUUCAACGAAAGUCUAUGGAACUGAAUGGGCCCAACAGCAAAUAGAAGACCCUCAACCAGGCAUUUUAUCUGAUGUUUCGCUCGAACCUCCGAUCCAAGGAAAGCGGUAUGAAAAUAUCAAUGAUUUUAAUACCAUUAAUUUAAAAAAUUGGCAAGAUAAACCAACAGAUUAUAGCGAUUCUGACAAAAAGAAAAACCAUAAUGAAAAUUUAGAGAUCCUUACCGCUAGUCUCAAAAUAUCUGUUGCUGAACAAAGUCACAUAAGUCUCAAGGAGCCUAUAAAAAAACAAGAGCCUAUAACGGCAUACCAACAGUUUUCCAGAUCAAGCCUCCCAACCAGUACAUCAGAUGUUGGUCUCAAGACAUUGAGAACAGAUGCCGCCGAGCUUGAGAAUAAAAUGAAAAUACUUACAUCUAACAUCCAUAAACAGGAUAUACCCAUAAAAACAACUUACAAACGACAGAACCUAAUUUCGAGCUCAAGACGAAUAAACCAAGAACCCUAAAUAAUAUAAUAAACCCUAAAUAAUUAAAAAAUUUAUAAAAAUGUUUAUCCAUUAUUCGUCUUUUAAAAAAUACAAUUUAUCUCCUGCUGUCCUAUUGGCCUUCGCUCA